AUGAAUUUAAUGUCGAGUGGUUGGUUUUCGGAAAAAAACGAUCUUUGGCCGGGAGUCAGUUUAUCGUUGGAAGUAAAUAAAAUAUUACAUCAAGAAAAAUCUAAAUUUCAACAUGUUUUAGUUUUGGACACGAAAAGUAAAGGUAAAACAUUAGUUCUUGAUGGAAUCAUUCAGUGUACUGAAAAUGAUGAAUUUUCUUAUCAAGAAAUGAUUUCAUUUUUACCACUCAACUCUCAUCCAUGUCCAAAAAGUGUUUUAAUUGUCGGAGGAGGUGAUGGAGGAGUAGCAAGAGAAGUUGCCAAACACAAAUUAGUUGAAAAUAUAACACAAGUUGAAAUCGAUGGCAAAGUUGUCGAAGUAUCAAAAAAGUAUUUACCAUUUAUGGCAAAAGGUUUCGAUAAUGAAAAAUUAAAACUUCACAUCGAUGAUGGUUUUGAAUUUAUGAAAAAGCAUAAAAAUGAAUUUGAUGUUAUUAUAACUGAUUCAUCUGAUCCGGUCGGCCCUGCCGUAUCUUUAUUUGAAGAAACUUAUUUUUCUCUUAUAAAAAGUGCACUUAAACCGAAUGGAAUAAUGUGUUCACAAGGUGGUACAGUUUGGUCGAAUUUAGAUAUUGUAAAAAGUACACUACAACACGUGGGUAAAACAUUUCCUGUUGUUGAUUAUGGAAUUUGUCACGUGCCGACAUAUCCAGAUGGACAAAUCGGUUUUGCAUUGGGAAGUUUAAAUUUAGAAACAAAUUUUAAAGAACCCUUACAUAAAUUAACGGAAAAUGAUUUAAAUAAAAUGGAAUUGAAAUAUUACACGACGGAUGUUCAUCGUUCUGCAUUCACACUUCCUAGAUUUGCAGAUUUGGCAUUGAAAAAUGUCAGACACAGUAAAAAAAAUUAA